UUGCAGAUGUUCCCAUUCCCCACUCAAAGCUUGGAAUCCUCUUAGCUAGGUAUUAUUAUUGAGUUAUGAUUUUUGUAAUUUCUUUAGGAUUCUGCCAGUGAUUUAUAGCCUACAGGUUUACUGUUGUGUUGCUACACAUCUCUCUAUCGUCAUGGAAAUUUACCUUUGAUCCUACUACUGAAUCACUAAACCGGUGAUGUCAUUCAGAACAUACGAGUGUUGAGACCUGCUUGCGACAAGUAAAGUGUAUCAGAGGAAAGUCCACGCUGUUGGAAACCUCAACAAACCUUUGUGUCUUUUUGCGUUUAACAAUAUCUAAAUGGUUUUGGAUUUUUAUAUAUUCUAAGGAAGACUAUUUGCAACUUUCAACAGAGAGACAUCCUAGAGAUCCACUCAGGAGGAACUGCCAUAUUUGAUAGAGCCAUACUAUAACAUUAGCUGUACAUUGAAGGUAGCGUGUUAAAGCUUACUGGGUGACCAACCUGAGCCAAUCAAAUUACACCUCUGUCUUCAUACAGUAGCCAGACAGUAGCUUCACUGAUCUAUCUGCCAUGGAAGGUGUGACAGGUGUAUAUGAGCCGGUGCAGCACCAUUGGUUCCACUGCCAGAAUCCGGUGGACUGUAGAAGCUCCUGGAUCCCAUUCAGCAGAGAGGAUUCUCUACGGCUGGAGGAGACACACAAACAUGGGGAGACCAGUGGGGAGGAAGAAGUGGAUGUGGUGGUAGCCACAGAAGGGAGGCGUUUCGACGUGAGGCUGAAGGAGAGGAAGUGCUUUGCGGUGUACUGGGAGCAGCCCCCCUUGGAGGUGAGGCGCUGCUCCUGGUUCCACAAAGGAGACAAGGACAUCUCCUACACCCCUUACCCAGAGGACACCAGCCUCGUCCUGGAGGAGGCCUACAUGAUGGCAGUGAAGCUGAAUGACUGGAUGAAGAAGAUACAAUUCCCCACUGGAGAAACGGUGGUGUUGCACAGCCCUACGCUUAUGACACAGCAACAGACAAUCCCCUUGAAGGACUGGAUAAGCCUCCCCUCUGAGCAGAGUCAACCCAGGAUGGUCAAGAGGGGGCUAGAGGGUAUUAGAGUAGAGCUACCUGAAGGAGAACCUGACCAAGUGGACCACCUUGUGUUCAUGGUGCAUGGCAUUGGACCAACCUGUGACAUCCAGCUGCGUGGGGUCGUUCAGUGUGUGAAUGAUUUCCGGGGUGCCUCUCUCAGCCUACUGAGCAGUCACUUCAAGCAGAGUCAAGAUGGGACCCACAUGGGCCGUGUUGAGUUCCUGCCAGUCGACUGGCACCGGGUGCUACAUGGUGAUGCCACUGGGGUGGAUGAAGAUAUUCAGAGGAUCACCCUGCCCAGCAUCAGUCGUCUGCGUCAGUUCAGCAACAGCACGGUGUUGGACCUGUUCUUCUACAACAGCCCCACAUACUGCCAGACCAUCAUAGACACUGUGGCCUCAGAGAUCAACCGCCUCCACCAAGUCUUCCUCCAGCGACACCCACAAUUCACUGGGGAAGUGUCACUGGCUGGACACAGUUUGGGUUCUCUGAUCCUCUUUGACCUUCUGACAAAUCAAGAAAGAAGGAACAAAGAUGAAGAGGGAAGUAGCGUCAGCAGUCCAAGUGAAGCAACCCCAUUAGACUUUGAGAGCUUUGAGGACACACUUAGGAACUUUGGAUUGGGCAAGUAUGUCCAAAUGCUUUCAAAGGAGCAGAUGGACUUAGAAUCACUGGGGCUGUGUUCAGAGACAUUCUUCAAGGACUUGGGAAUACCCUUGGGGCCUCGCAAGAAGAUCAUGUACUUGUUGAAGAGAUGGAGAGGGCAGCAGGAAUCCAGGACAGGAACUUCACACCCAGUUCCUGGCAUCCCCGGCAUUGCCGGUGUGUAUUCCCAAGUCCAAGAACACCCGACCCUCCUUUCAGGCACCCCCUCCACCAGCCCAGUGGAUUACAAGUACUUUGACGUUGGCAUUGGCCAGGUGUCCAUCGUGUACCCUCAGCUGGCCUUCCAGCCACAGGCCUUCUUUGCCUUGGGCUCUCCUAUAGGAAUGUUCCUCACGGUGCGCGGCCUGAAGAGGAUCGAUCCCAAAUACAGCCUCCCCACCUGCAAAAGCUUCUACAACAUCUACCAUCCAUUUGACCCGGUGGCCUAUAGGAUUGAGCCCAUGGUGGUGUUUCCAGAUGUGGACUUGCCCCCCAUACUGAUCCCACAUCACAAGGGCAGGAAGAGGAUGCAUCUUGAGCUGAAAGACAGUUUGAAGCGUGUCAGCUCAGAUCUACUGCUCUCCAUCAGUACUUUCCGUGGUGUGUGGCAGACCCUCACCAUGCUACCUGUCAACACACUACCCCCGGUGGCCGGGGUAGGAACCACAGCUGCACUGCCACCUCAGGAGCCAGAAGGUGGGAGACCAGUGUGUAGUGGGGCCCCAAAUGGUACAGUCUCACCUACAGAGAUGAGGAAUAUCAGUGUUGGAAUGUUGAAUGGCGGACGUCGGUUUGAUUACGUCCUUCAGGAGAAACCCCUAGAGAGCUUCAACGAGUAUCUGUUUGCCAUUCAGAGCCAUCUCUGCUACUGGGAUUCCAAGGAUACUGUGCUGCUGCUUUUGAGGGAAAUCUAUGAGGGGAAGGGAAUCCUUCUCUAGCAUCUCCAAAUGUCAAUGUAAAUGAUGGAGCUUAUGAGUUGUGUAUAAUGCUUGUAAUAUACAGGAGGCUCUGGAAGCAUGCUACUGUAUGCAUCAAAUUGGUUUGAUUUCAUUAUAAAAAAUAGUUUAGUGUAUUGAGGCUUUUGUUAAAUGCACUUUAAAUAAAUUGUGAUUUGAUCUGGA